GUGUUAUUGAAGAAUCCAUACUCCAUUGAAAGCAUAGCAGAUUUACUAUCUCUAGUUCACGAUUGUUAAUAUUAUAUUCUAUUCAUUUCGUAAGGUAGUAUUAUUCAAUAAGUUUUGCGUAAUUACGUUAAAAGUUGCAGUUUUUGCUUCUUAAGUGUCAAUAUAUUUGAACUUUCGAAAAUUACAAUGGCCAAUGCUCCAGCUACUGUAAGUGCAACUAAGCCGGUUUUACGUGGCCUGCAUAAUGCAACCAUUAAGAAGAAUUUGACUGUUGCCAUUGCCCUAACUGCAGUCGUAACAGUUGCCUGGAGCUUUCUGAUUAACAGUCCUAAAAAGGAGGCUUAUGCUCAGUUCUACAAGAACUACGAUGCGCAAAAGUCUUUUGAACGUAUGAAGGCGAACGGCCGUUUCCAAGGCUGUUAGAUAACUUGAAUGAUAUACUAUGUUGUUACAAAUAACUGUAGCAAUUUGGGUGAAAAUAUAGUGAUUUAUAAACAAACAAAA